AUGAGAUUUUCUGAGUUGGUUAACAAGAGUAGGAUCUAUGAUGAGGAUAGCCGCGAGAGUGUUGCUCAUUACAAGUCCUUGCAUGAUAAGAAAGGAAAAGAGGAAUCCCGAGGGAAGCUGUAUGAUGGUAAGAAGAAAGCUAGUGAUGGCAAGAAGUCGAGUGGGGGAGGAUCUCACACUCCUGUCAAGUGCUUCAGAUGUGGUGUUGAGGGACUUCGUGCUCCCGAGUGUCCUAAGGGCGAUGUGAUUUGUUUCAAGUGUGGCAAGAAAGGUCACAAGUCUUUUGGUUACAGAGUUGGUUCAAAUGUGACUUGUUACAACUGUGGUGAGCAAGGGCACAUUAGUACCAAGUGCAACAAGCCAAAGAAGGAGCAAGCCAAAGGGAAAGUGUUUGCAUUGUCCGAUGAUGAUACUUCUGCUGAGGAGAGAUUGAUUCGAGGUACAUGCUUUAUUAAUAAUAUUCCUUUGAUUGCUAUUAUUGAUACUGGUGUGAUGCAUUCUUUUAUUUCUAUGGAUUGUGCUAAGAGAUUGAAUCUUUAA